GCGUUUUCACUUGAGAAGGUGGUGAAUGCGCUGCAGGUGGGCGAACGGGAGCUGCGCAAUGUCGCCUGCAAUAUCUGCUGGACGGUGCCCUUGUUCGAGUCAAUUGAUGGGGAUACCCUUUCCUUGCAAUUGAUCGAAAAGUUCGCGAAGGCCAGGUUCUAUGCUGAUGGUAAGCCUAAAGCGCCCCGUUUGUGGCCCAGCAUCGUCAUCCCCAUUGCUUUGAUGCAGAAGGACGACUUGCCUCCCAAGACAACUUGGAAGCGCUACGGUGGCGACAUUGCCGUGGCUGCUUUCUGGUACGCCUUUGCCAUGGCGAAGAAGGAUGGCCUACCAGGGAAUGUGCCGUUCACUUUCAAGUACUUCGCGACGGAGGGUGAGCGCUUCGCUUGUGCAACAGCAUUGUGCGAAAACUUUGAGGAGUUGCGGGAGUACUUUGGCCUUGACUGCGCAAGACUCGUGCAGGUUGUGCUGAAUGCAAAGAAGCAGGUCGAGGAAGAGAAGCGGAAUGUGACCGACAAGGUGACCAAAGAGCACAUCAGUGCAUGGCUGCGAGAGAAGAUCCGUUGGGCUGACCCGAAGCGUUGCCCGAAGCCGGAUACGUGCGGGCAGCUUUUGCAGAUAGGCGAGUGGCUUUCCCGUUCCCAUCGGGCGAGGAGUGCAAUGCAACUUGCCCGUGUUGUCUGCGGCAGGACUACGUGCUUCGAUGAGUACAGCAAAGUCUUGUUGAUGACGCAGAGGAGCAUGAACACGGAGGACUUUGAUUUCGCUGUAGAGUUUCUGACCAUGAAGCUCUUUCGUUCCCAGGCGCCCGAAAACCCUUCUCUCUCGGAACUUCGCAGUAAAGCUGGUGAGUUGUCCUUUGGCUUGUUCGCCCGCAAGUAUGCCACAGAAUUGUGGGCUUCUUGCUCAGGCGCCUGUUCUACAAACGUGCCGCCUCAGAUCCUCAAGCGGGCAAAGGGUGUCCUGAUGUCUCCGCUGACCUUCCAUGAUGAGUUUCCUUUGCAAGCUGUGAAGGAUUUGUCCUGGGUGGCAGCCUUGCCAAAACCUUUGAGCAUGGCAGUCAACCACAUGAAGCAAGUCUUGUCGGGCGAGUACAACUCUGACAUCAAAGGCCUGCUCUCAAGCCCACCAGCGGGCGGGGCCACGGCUGACCACGCCAAGGGCUUGGAGAAUGUGAAGAAGCAGUUCUGGGUGCCCUUUGACCUCGCCCUCAAGGAGCUCGAGCCAGAACGUGCGGAUACCCAGGCAACAGACCACCAGGUCUCAGAGGAAGCGGGUGGGGAAAGUGUGCAGGCGGACUGCAAAGACACCCUUGCGAAGUUCAAAGCCGACAGUGAUGUUCGUGCAAAGGAGUUCUUGUCCCAGCAUUUGGUGACGGUAGUGCAAAGCGCACCAGUUCGCUCCAACGAGGACACCAUCAAUAAAGUCACCCGGGCCCUGAAGUGGUCCAAGAAAGAGUUCAUGUUGAACUACGAUGCGAAGAUGACGCAGGAAAUGGGUUACACGAGGAUGCGCGGUCUCGGGAACGCUGGCACCGCUGAGAAGCUUUUUCUCUUCUUCAAGGGUCAGGCGCCGAGGGACUUCAAGAAGGCGAGGCUCUUUGUGGAUGCGGGAUCCCGAACAUACAUAGACAGCAUCUUGAAGGUGCCUAUCGCGACAGCGCGUGAGCUUGCCUUGGUUUCCAGAACUUGCUGGGAGGCUUUCUCGAAGAACGAGAAGAGCGAGUGUGUGGUGGAGGCCUUUGAUGUUGAGGCGGAGUCAGGCAGUGACGAUGAGCACGGUGAGCCAGCAGACACGACGGUCAAGAAGAGGAAGUACCCGAAGCGAGGUACCGCCUUGACCCGGCAGCCAUCCUCAGAUGAGGUGCUCCUCUUUGCGCAUGACAACAGUGCCCUUCUGAUGAAGGAAUUGGCGCGCGAAUGCGGCGCCCGCUGGUGUAUCCAUGCUUCCCCGGAACUGGGGUUGCCAACGAUUGCCAUUGUGAAGACGGAGCUCCACAAGACUGAGUUGGAGAAGCUCCGAUCCCGGCUGGCCCAAGACUUGCCCAUCAGCGGUUCGGCGUUGGGCAACGCAGAGCUGGCACGGCGAGCCUUGGCUUUGGGUUUGACAAAACCCGCUCCUCUGCGAAAGCGCAAGGGCCAAGAGGCUGACCUUGCUGAUGGUGCGUCCUCUGAGCCGGAGCCGCCCCAGUAUGAGACAUCGCCAAAGAGCAAGAAGACCGACAAGGAGAAUAAGGACAAAACCGAGAAGAAAAAGGAUUCCAAGAAGCACAAGAAAGACAAGAAAGAGAAGGACAAGAAGUGA